UCACUCCACCAGGCCUCAGCACUCGGAUCCUGCCUCGCCAGCUCGCCGCGAAUUCCCCCCGACCAUGCUGCGCUGGCUGCGGGCCUUCGUGCUGCCCACCGCCGUCUGCCAGGACGCGGAGCCGCCCACGCGCUACGAGACGCUCUUCCGGGCGCUGGACCGCAAUGGGGACGGCGUGGUGGAUAUCGGAGAGCUGCAGCAGGGGCUGCAGAGCCUGGGCAUCCCGCUGGGCCAGGCCGCCGAGGAGAAAAUUUUCACCACUGGCGAUGUCAACAAAGAUGGGAAACUGGAUUUUGAAGAAUUUAUGAAAUACCUGAAAGACCAUGAGAAGAAAAUGAAAUUAGCAUUUAAAAGUCUGGACAAGAAUAAUGACGGGAAAAUCGAGCCUUUUGAAAUCGUCCAGUCUCUCCAGAUGCUGGGCUUAAAUAUUUCUGAAAAGCAAGCAGAGCUGAUUCUUCAAAGCAUCGACUCUGACGGGACCAUGACCGUGGACUGGAAUGAAUGGAGGGAUUACUUUUUGUUUAACCCUGUGACAGACAUUGAGGAAAUUAUUCGUUUCUGGAAACACUCUACUGGAAUUGACAUAGGCGAUAGUUUAACUAUUCCGGAUGAAUUCACAGAAGAUGAGAAAAAAUCAGGACAGUGGUGGAGGCAGCUCCUGGCAGGAGGUGUGGCUGGCGCUGUCUCCAGGACAAGCACCGCUCCUUUGGAUCGCCUAAAGGUCAUGAUGCAGGUUCACGGUUCCAAAUCAAUGAACAUAUUUGGAGGCUUUCGGCAGAUGGUAAAGGAAGGAGGAAUCCGUUCUCUUUGGAGAGGAAAUGGCAUCAAUGUCAUUAAAAUAGCUCCAGAGACAGCCGUUAAGUUCUGGGCGUAUGAACAGUAUAAGAAACUGCUUACCGAGGAAGGACAAAAAUUAGGGACCUCUGAGAGGUUCAUUUCUGGUUCCAUGGCUGGAGCAACUGCACAGACCUUUAUUUAUCCCAUGGAGGUUUUGAAAACCCGGCUAGCUGUAGCCAAAACUGGACAAUACUCUGGAAUAUAUGGUUGUGCCAAGAAGAUUUUGAAACAUGAAGGCUUUAGAGCCUUUUACAAAGGCUAUGUUCCCAAUUUACUAGGUAUCAUUCCUUACGCAGGCAUUGAUCUCGCCGUGUACGAGCUUUUGAAGUCGUAUUGGCUGGAUAACUUUGCAAAAGACUCUGUCAACCCUGGUGUGGUGGUGCUGCUGGGCUGCGGAGCCCUGUCCAGCACCUGUGGGCAGCUGGCCAGCUAUCCUCUGGCUCUGGUGAGGACUCGCAUGCAGGCACAAGCCACCACAGAGGGAGCCCCACAGCUCAGCAUGGUUGGCCUUUUUCAGCGAAUAGUCUCCAAGGAAGGAGUGUCAGGACUUUACAGAGGCAUCACCCCAAACUUCAUGAAGGUGCUCCCUGCCGUGGGCAUCAGCUAUGUGGUGUAUGAAAACAUGAAGCAGACGCUAGGAGUAGCUCAGAAGUGAGCGGUCCCAGCCUUUGCUUUUCCACGAUGACCGAGGCUGUAGUGCCCCCCAGUGACUCCUGGGAUUGCAGCAAGUCUAUCACAAAAGAAGCUGAUUUCCCCACCAAAGGGAAGAGUGUAGGGUGAUCGCCUCAAGCCUUUGGGUUCAGUUUUGUACCUUCAGUAAUGUUCUGAAUCAUAGUUUUAGUGAAGAAACCACAAAAUUGUACUUUAUUUUUGCUGAUAGAGAUCUCUGCCCUGCACCAAAUCUGAAAAUGCACUGGCUUACGCUGAAAUCAUUUUGCGUGGUAGGACAAUAAAUCAUCAACCUUUGUUCCCAUUGGUUCCAGUUCAUAUCGAUUUGUUUUUACACAAAUUUUUAAAAAAUCCAAAAUGAUCAGAAAGCCCUGGGACUUAAAUUGUUUUUUUUUUUAUAUAUAUAUAUUUUGGAUGUCUUUGUAGAUGUAAUGACCCCAACGGAGACAUUAGUAGAAAAAUCACUAUAUUUAAAAUCGAGCGUGCAGAGUUUAUCUCCUUGUCUGUAAGCAGAAUAGGAGUUAUAGAAGCCACAUUCAGUGACAGGAGCGGUGCUGUCAUGUGCAUUUCAGUGGACAUGCUUCUAUUUGCCCUGCUGUUUGGCCCCCAGUUUUAGACCUUGAUUGACAUUGUUGUCACAUUAUUGACAGGAGACAGGUCAUUUGGGAGAUCCUAUUUAUUUGAAGAUCCUAUUUAUUCGGUCAUUGCUUUGAAACGCAUCAUUGAUCAAAACCGUGACUUGUACCAUGUCCCAGAGAGCAUCUUGGUUUUGUUCAUUUUUUAUGAGUUUAAUCAAAUUUUCUUAAUCAGGAAGGCUCCUUGGGACCUUCAUAGUAAGCUGAAGCUGCUCUUCUCCUCACCUGAGUGUUGAUUUCAGGUCAAUGGCCGGCACCCUCACUUCCCUCUUACUGUUGAAGUCUCUGAACCUGUGGUUCUCAAAUGGAGCGGCGCAAAGCUAAGGCACCAGCGCAUUUCAGUAGCAGGAUAUAUCCAUCUUACGUGUUUUAAUGAAAGGUGCAGUCUGUGGUCAUAUGCGUCUACAUGUUCACUUGCCUCAACAUUGAGGAAGGUGACAGAAAAUUUGUAACAUGUAAAAGCAUUCAAUUUUUUAAACUAAAGCUGAUUUUUUAGUCAGUUAUCUUUUAUGAUUUGUUUUAAAACUUAGAAGAAAAAUCUUAUUUCUUCUAUAAGAAGAUAAUCUUAGCCCAGCAGGAUUGGCACAUGCCUGUAGUCCUAGCACUCAGGAGGCAGAGGCAGGCGGAUCUCUGAGUUCAAGGUCAGCCUGGUGGAGAGUUCCAGGGCAGCCAGGGCUACACCGAGAAACCCUGUCUCCAAAACAAAAACGAAAACAAAUAAACAAAUGAAGAUAUUUUAACAUUUUAAGAUUUAGUCCAUGUUCUCAUUUGAUUUCUGGUAAUUUCUGUACGGUUGCUUUCUGAAAACUGUAGUAGAAAUCUUUGCCUUUAACCUACCUACCUACCUCUUUUAUUUUUUGAACCAAAGAGAAAGAUGGCCUUGUGUUCAUGAAGUUAUUCUAAAACAUAGCUUGAUUUGUAGUACGGAUGCCUGCUAGUGUCUUGGUAUUUUUGUACUUUAUAAGGAAAGGAAGGGACUCUAUUGUACUUUGGAGUAAUACAUAGAAGGACAGAUGUAGGUACAUGAUUCACUCCUUUUUUACUUGUAACAAUUAUGAAAAUGCACAAUUCUGUUAAUGUCUUUGGAAUUUUAAGCUGGUAAAAACUAUGAAAAUAGCCAUACUUCAUUAUGAAAUUAAAUUGCCCCCCCAGCAUACAUGUGUAAGGUAUGACUGGUUCGUUCAUCUGUACAUCUUGUAUCUUUUGGGAGAAAAAACUGUCCUGUUGAUCACAGCUUAUUCUGAUAUUGCUACACAGUUACUGCUCAUUUGUAUUAAAGAUAUUUGUCUGUU